ACUUUUGUACACCUGGGAUGACCCCGCUAAAGACAGAGUGUUGGUCUGGAAUGUUUAUAACAAAAAGUGCUCUGGGUUUUACGCAAAUUUUGGAAAGGAUGGUUAUGGCCAAGAGCGGGUUAGUUUUCACAUGGUGAAACCACAGAAUAAUCAACAAACGUUAACAGCGGUAGGUGCUAAAUUAUCAGCCGGAUUGAAAAAACUAUCUGUCGGUCGGCGGGAAGAGACAAACAGUGUUAAAAGCAGCAGUAGCGAUGAUUCUGACCUGGAUGAAAAACCUCAGCUCACUAAAAAGACACGCAAGGACAAAGUGAUGGUUUAUUGGGUGAGCUACUUAGAAGGAUUUCAGCGAGUCCUCCUUUUCACACAAGAUGAAAAACUUGCAUUUCAAAUGAGGAAGAAAAUUGACUUUGAAAAAAGCAAUAUGGAAUUGUUUUUCUCUUUGAAAGGCAUUGGAAUUUCUCUG